UGUUAUCGACUGUCAAAAGGUGCGAGAAAUUUUCGAGAAUAAUAUUUGGAAAGAAAUAUUUAUUGAAAUAUGUAACGUGCAACUUAAACGUCUUACGUGGACUAUUGCUAAUGGAUUUUAGAACUUCUAAAAGUCAUUUCCAAUGUUAACAUUAAAUUAUUUUCUUGAAAUAGUUAGAUUUUGUUUUGACACCUAAGGGACACGUAAGUGUUGAGUUUUGGUGCAGAUUUAUGACUUUAUGAUGAACCGGUGGGGGAUUUUGGUGUUGUUGUUGUGUGCGGUGUUGUCGGCGGCGGAGCUGCUGGGGCCUGACGCCCGCAAAGAUGCCGAGAAGGGGUCUGAAGAUGAAGACGAGGCGAGCGAAGUUAUCGACACCAACACACGAGUAGACCCUGAGUAUCUGAAGGAAUUAACCGACGCGGUGAAAAAAGAGAUCCUAACACUCCAGGAGUACGCCGAAGCUAUUAAGAAAACGAAGGGGGUGAUGAAAGAGGAGGAACUUAAUAGAGCUAUUUUUAAACAAUCAGAUGAGAUCCCGGAAAACCACCUGGAACAAAUGGAGUACACACUCAAGCUGCUGCGUAAAAGCCUGCUGAGACAGAGCGAUCCAUUUGGAGGUGACAAGAGCAGCGGUGACAACGAUAUUGAGCAGAAGUCUCAUGAGAACCCUCAAGAUAUUCUGGACAGUUUGCCGCCCCUGCCGGAGGAGGAGGAAGUUGAACUCACUCCUGAACUAAAAGAAGCCAAAGAGCUAUACGAAGCAGCGAUGGCGAAGCUCAACCGUCGCUCGCCGGAGCUCCGAGCAGCCAUCUUACAAGUCAAACAGGCUGCCGACCAGGGUUAUAUACCCGCGAAGAUCAAGUUAGCCUGGUCCUAUUUGUUUGGUGAAGGCGUAGAACUCGACCUGGACAAAGCCAAGACCAUCUUUGAAGAGCUCGCUGAGCAGGGGAACGCUGAUGCGCACGCGGGUAUGGGGUUCCUAUACGCGACAGGCAUCGCAGUCCCCGUGUCUCAAGCUAAAGCCUUAGUUCACUACACUCUGGGCGCUCUCGGCGACAGCGACUACGCGCAGAUGGCGCUCGCGUACCGAUACUGGGCCGGCGUCACCGUGCCCAGCUCCUGCCCGAAGGCCAUGGAUAUAUACAUGAAGGUCGCUGCUAAAGUGGCAAGCCGCGUGACGUUGAGCGGCGGGCCGGCCAUCAUGCGCACGCGCCUCGUGGAGGAGGCCGAGAGCGGCGGCGGCGGCGCGCUCGACACCGACCUCAUAGAGUACUACCAGCUGCUGGCUGAGAAGGGAGACGUGCAGGCGCAGGUGGGACUAGGCCAGCUCCACUUCCAGGGCGGGCGCGGGGUGACCCUCGACAUUAACAAAGCGCUGCACUACUUCCAACAAGCCGCCAAGACUGGCAACGCUGUGGCAUACGCCUUCCUUGGCAAGAUUUAUCUAGAGGGCGGCGACGGCAUUAAGGCUGACAACGAGACCGCUCUGAGGUACUUCAGGAAGGCGGCCGAGUUGAACAACCCUGUUGGACAAAGUGGACUGGGCAUCAUGUAUUUACAGGGUCGCGGGGUGCCGAAGGACAGUAACGCAGCGUUCAAAUACUUCACGAUGGCCGCCAACCAGGGCUGGGUGGAGGGGCAGCUGCAUCUCGGGUUCAUGUACUUCGGUGGUAUCGGUGUGCGGCGCGACUUCAAGCAGGCCAACAAGUACUUCUCGCUGGCCUCGCAGACGGGGCACGUGCUCGCGUUGUACCACCUCGCGCAGAUGCACGCGCAAGGGCUGGGUGUACUGCGCUCUUGUACUACUGCCGUUGAGCUGUUCAAGAACGUGUGCGAGCGUGGCGAGUGGUCAUCUCGGCUGAUGCUGUCUCACGCGGCGUGGCGCGCGAGGGACUCGGACUCCGCCCUGCUGCAGUACCUGGCGCUGGCCGAGAGGGGGUACGAGGUCGCCCAGAGCAACGCCGCCUUCCUGCUCGACAAUGGCGAGGUGCGGCUGUUCGGGGAGGCGGAGCGCUACCGGCGGGCGCUGCAGCUGUGGGCCCGCGCCGCGGCGCAGGGCUGCGGCGCCGCCCGGGUCAAGCUGGGGGACUACCACUACUACGGGCUGGGCACGCACCCCGACCUCGAGGCCGCGGCGCACCACUACAGGAUAGCGUCGGAGCAGCUGCACAACGCGCAGGCGACGUUCAACCUGGGCUACAUGCACGAGCGCGGCCUGGGGCUGGCCCGCGACGUGCACCUGGCCAAGCGCUGCUACGACCUGGCGGCCGACACGGCGCCCGACGCCAGGCUGCCCGCCGCGCUGGCGCUGGCACGCCUCAACGCGCACGCUGCGCUCAAGCAGCUCAUGCACUCCUUGUUCCAGAGCCCGUUGGCGGUGAUCUUCCUGUCCGGGGACUCCGCCCUGCUGUCCAACUGGGACCUUUACCUCAUCACGGCGCUGCUCGGAGCCCUAGGCCUCGUGUUGUACCUGCGGAGGCCGCAGCCUGUCAACUGAUGAAUGUUUAUAUAAAUGUUGAUAUAAAUAUAUUUAUUCGCCAAAAAACAAAUUAACAUUACUUAGAAGUAAUGUCACUCACACCUGAAAUAAAAAAGAAGUCAUUUACAAGAAGUAGAAGAAUUAUGAAGCAUGAAUACAAUGAAAGCAGGACAGAGAUAUAGAACAUCUUCCAAGUGCGAAAGAGACGAGAGAUGUCACUAUAAUUAUACUACGUUUUAUAAGGUAUAUAUUUACAACUCUAAUGUGUAAAAAAAUGUGGCGACUACGGUUUUGGUUAUGGUAUAAGAAAACCUAUGGUAUGCUCAAAACUGACAGCUGUCAAUUCAAGGGUAGCCCAGCUGACGUCAUCCUACCCUACGUUUCCAUUUCGUAAAAAAAUAAUCCCACAUCCAAUGUUUUUAAUUUACUUUGCCAGGUACUUUUAGUAAAAGAUUUACGUACAGUUUUAACGAUUUUUGUAUAUGUGACAAAUAAUAGUAAUUAAAUACAUUAGUCAGUAAUUCGCUUUAUUUUCAAUAAUAAAAUUUAAGUCCUUGGAAUGUUGGAGAUACCAAUUUAAUGGUAACACUCACGUCAUCAAAGGGCUAGUAAUGGCAACUUGUCGUAGGAUUGAGCAUACCAGCCGGGUCUGCAUGACAACCGCGUUGCGCGCGGCGCGAAUUAUAUCAAGCGCUUGGACCAAUAAACGAUACGAUUGCUAUCUACGUAGAUGGACGUCAAACGGCUAUUGGUCGAACGCCACGAUAUAAUUCUCGCCGCGCGCGACGCGGUUUUCAUGCAUACCCGGCUGGUCUAAUUAUACCAUGGGCUUAAGUUUACAAUGAAUGCAAGAAAGGGACACGAGAUAGUUUUGAAACUGAGAAACUUAAAUUGUCUGCGUCUGACUAAUAUACAUUUUCUAGCUGAACUCAAAAAGAAUAAUCUUAUAAUGUACACUAAAUCCAUAUUCUGUCGUGAAUAGUCAAAGGUUUAUUGUUUUAAUAUUGUUAAAGGUGAUCUAGGUUUAAUCGACUGUAAAUAAAUCUAUUUGAAAUAUAGAUUUUGUAAGAUGA